CCUAUCUUGCUAUUUAUAAGUAUGUAAAAUUUUAAUGAUAUAAAGGGGUAACUCUUGAUAAUUAAAAAAAAAUACCGUAAAAUUCUAACCUAUCAGAUUUUGUUCUUAUCAACAAAGUUGGUAAAACAAUAAAUAUGUUUGACAUUUGCCACCCCACAUACUAUCAUAUGAGCCAAUUAGGCUGUAAUGAUCAAGUUAAGCUAAGUACAGCUUUUUACGUAUACAUGGAGCUUUGUGAAGUGAAACGUUAUUGGGAUGUCAAUUACAAGUAUUCAGAUGCACUUUCACUAUAUUAUCUUGAAGCAAGAAAAAAAAAAUCUGCAAAACUGGACACAUUUAUACCUUGGCCAGCUCAUCACAAUCUCACGCUUGAUUUCAUUAGUAACAUGCAACAAGAGUUAGAGAGAGAAAAGUUUACAUUUGUAUUUAAAGAUGGUGAUACUACUUCUGUGUACUACAGCAUUAGCGCAGGCAUCGUAAAACCUAUAGCUCCUGAAGAGACCGCUGUAAUCAAGCAAAAAGAAGAAAAGAAAUUUGCUCUGGAAAGAGAAAUCAACAGAAACACUGCAAAUCUGUAUGAGCGAGCGCUGUUACUCAAUGGUGAUGAAAAUUUUGUUGAAGAGGAGGGAAAAACAAAUGAUUCGGAAAUACAUCAUACUGAUGACCAAGAGACUGCCGAAUCCAUAAAAAAUAAUUCAGAUGAUUCUGCACAAUUGGCUAGAGCUCAGUCCCCUAUUGCAAAUUCUCCAAAAACCGAAUCUUUGAAUAAUGUAGAUACUCAGAAUCAUGAAUUGGAUAAUGAAAAAGUUUCCUGCGAGAUGGAAUAGUGUGAUAUUCAAGGAAUUAAGACUUGUUUUUUAUCUUAUUAAA